AUGGGACAACCUCCUGCAUUUGAUGUCGUCGUGUUGGGUUGCGGAGGCGGUCCGUGCGAGACGAACUUGUCGGCAUACCUUGUCAAGCCUCAUGAAACGUCGUGGAAGGAUGGGAUAUUGGCUUUAGAAGCUGGUUCAGGCAUUGGUGCAUUGCGCGAACUACUUGGGCGCCAACCGAAUCUAUUCGACGACUGGAAUCCUACGCUUGGAGAUGACUUGCCAACGGCGCACGACAUCUAUUCGGCCAUUCACUGUUUCCUGGUUACACAUGCCCACUUCGAUCACAUCGCAGGCCUUGUACUCAGUGCAGGAUCUCUGACUCUCGGGAGCACAAGGCGACGUGUGCGAGGACUGCCUAGUGUGCUUCACGACGUCGCGAGCGUGUUCUCAGGCCGUGUUUGGCCCGAACUCGCGAGCUGCAACCCCGGUGACGACCCGUACAAGCUCCUGCUCGACCCACUACCCGACAAAUCAGAAUACCAUGCGCUGAUGCCAUCUCUUGAGGCACGAGCGAUGCCUCUGGCGCAUGGGCCAGCACCCUCUACGUCCAAGACUACCGCUAUCGCGCCUACGUCAUGUCACCCCUACGACAGCUCCGCGUUCUUCAUCCGACAUACGCCCUCCUCCGCCGAAUUCCUCUUCCUCGGUGAUGUUGAACCGGACUCGAUUUCUCAUACCGGCCGAACGCGUGCAGUAUGGCGUGCAGCUGCACAACGCGGUGUACCUCGCACGGUCCGCGCGAUCUUCAUCGAAUGCUCGUGGCCGGCUGGCCGGCCGGAUAGCUUGCUGUUUGGACACCUAUCCCCGGAGUAUGUUGCGGCUGAGCUGAGGACGUUGGCGAAGGAGGUGCGGAUUGCCGCGGGGGAUGAUCGUGGAGGUGUCGUGCGCAACGGGAAUGCGAAGGGAAGGCAUAAGACGGAGGGUCCUGCAGCUGGCGCACGUAAAAGCAAGAGACGGCGUGGAAGCAUCCAUGUCGUAGAUUGCGAUACUCUUCAGUCAAAUGGCGCAGUCGGUGUGGCCUCUGACGAUCCGCUUGCUCUUGUCGGCGCGCUCGCAGGGCUUACGGUCUAUAUCAUACACUGCAAGGACGACUUCUCAUCGGCGCCGGGAGAACCUCCUGUCAGUGAACGUAUACUGCAGCAAGUGAAAGCGCUGGUUCAAGAAGACGGACUUGGAUGCGAGAUCGUACUCGCACGGCAAGGCAUGAAGUUCAGCAUCUGA